CCAGGGGCCCGAGAUGGUGAGACGAUGGAGGCCGUGGCCGUGAAGCAGGGCUGCCUGUACCUGCAGCAGCACCAGGCCUUUGCGAAGAAAUGGCGCCGGUUCGGGGCCGUGCUGUACGCAGAGUCGGGCUGCGCCUUGGCCCGCCUGGAGCUUCAGGAAGGCCCAGAGAAGCCACGUCGGGGAGACGCUGGUCGGAGGGUCAUCCGCCUCAGUGACUGCCUGCGGGUGGCCGAGGCCGGCUCCGAGGCCAGCAGCCCCCGGGACACCAGCGCCUUCCUCCUGGAGACCAAGGAGCGCCUGUACCUCCUGGCAGCCCCCACGGCAGAGCGCAGUGACUGGCUGCAGGCCAUCUGUCUGCUGGCUUUCCCCAGGAAGGAGCUGCAGGCGCCCGAGGGGAAGAGUGGCCAGCCCCACAUGGAGAUCAACGAGCUGUACAGCCCGGCCACAGUGGUCCCUUGCAAGGAGUUUGCGGUGACCAUGAGACCCACAGAAGCUAGCGAGAGGUGCCGGCUCCGGGGCUCCUAUAUCCUGCGAGCCGGGGAGAGCGCCCUGGAGCUGUGGGGUGGCUCAGAGCCCGGCGGCACACGGCUGUUCCACUGGCCCUACAGGUUUCUGCGGCGCUUCGGGCGGGACAAGGUGACCUUCUCCUUCGAGGCGGGCCGGCGCUGCGCGUCCGGAGAGGGCAGCUUUGAGUUCGAAACGCGGCAGGGCAACGAGAUCUUCUCGGCCCUGGAAGAGGCCAUCAGCGCCCAGAAGAACGCGGGCCCCGCGCCGGCCGCCGCGCGCCCCGAGAGCCCCUACGCACAGCCGCUCGACUCGCUGCCGUCGCCGCCGCCCGCCGCGCCCCUGCCCGCGCCGCGCCCGCGGGCCGCCGAGGGGGACUACGCGGUGCCCUUCGACGCCGUGGCCCGCCGCCGGGGCCGCAGCCUGGCGCGCCCCUCGUCCCCGCCCGACCCGCUCUACGCCAGCAUCGAGGAGCGGCCGCCCGCGGGGCCCGACCCCAUCUACGACGAGCCCGAGGGUGUGGCCGCCCUGACCCUGUACGACCGCCCGCAGGGGCCGGGGGCCGAGGCCUGGUACGACAACGUGGUUCUCAGGAAAGGCCCCAAGUGACCCGCGCUCCCCUCCCCUGGCCGCGGCUGGGUCGGCGG